UUCAAGUCUGGUAGCUUCAGGGCAGGUUUUUAACCAAAUCAUAUCUUGGCGGCGUUUACGAUGCAUGUUGCAACUCUAAGAUUAGUCCUAUGUCUUAUGGUUUGCUCCGAUGUUCAGCUAACCAGCAGCGAAAAACCCCAGACUGAUUCAAUAGUUCAAUCGGAAUUAGUGCGCAAAGCCCGUGAAAUCAGGCAACAUCGUCGAGUCCGUCAAGCGGGUCAACCUGGUCUCAACCAAGAAGAAACCAAAUGCAGAUACAAAAUCGCCCUGCUAGAUUUUCCUCCUUACAUAAUGAACCAAAGUAAACAGCAAGGAUUUAUGAAUAAUACCCUGACAUGGUUUGUGGACAGUGCUUGCUUUCGUAGAAAAUCAAACGAUCCCAUUGCUUGCAUAAUGGAGCCAGUAUUUGUUCAAACUCAAGAUGAGAUGGUGAAGUUGAUUAAAAAUAACUCGGUUGAUUUUGGAUUUCCAGUUCUAUCGGAUGCAAGGCAAAAACUUACGGGUCUAAAAAGUGUGACGCUCAUCCGGGCAUUUGUAUCAUCCGGGUGUUCAAUGAUCGUGAACUUAAAGAUAUGCGAAGCAGAAUCACAGGAACAGUUAUUGACCUCCAUUACGUCACAAUGGCCAAUACUGGCUUGUGUCAUAUUGCUUUCAGGGAUAUCUGGUGUAAUUAUUUGGCUCUUGGAACACCGCUCAAACGCAGCUCACUUUUCACCCUCGUUCACGUUAGGCCCACCAGAUGGCUUUUGGUGGGCAGUAGUAUCACUUACAACAGUGGGGUAUGGUGAUAAGACGCCUAAAACCCUCUGUGGACGUGCAUUUGGUAUCAUGUGGAUCCUGAUAGGAGCGAUAAUGCUAUCGUUGUUCACCGCCUUAUUUACGAAUGCAAUGCAAGCUUCCUUGGAUGGUACAAGAUGUAGGGACAUUGGUGGCAAAGACGUGGGUGUGUCAAACAAGAAUCCUGAAACACAUAUAGUCGCUAAGGAGCUAGAUGCAGACUUUAUCAAGUUUAAAAACCUGGACGAAAUGCAAAGAAACCUAAGCCAAGGAACAAUUGGAAGAGUGCUGGUGGAUCGCAACACUGCAUUUUACUUUUUGGAUAAAUCUGGUUUGAAACGAAACAGGCAAAUCCGAAUGAUUCGAAACAUUGAUUAUCCAAUGGAGUACUACCUGGCUCAUGUGAGCCAUGAAGUAAUGCCACCUCCAUCGGGGUCACCGAAUGACACGGACGAAUCCGCAGACGACGUAUUGCAAAGAAAAAAAAACCUUUCAACUUGUGGAGGAAGUCUGAAAGCACUAUCAUCGGAUUUGGUUGCAGUGGCAAAAGACACGGCCAAAGAGAAUCUUAUACCAGCCGAAUUGCAGACAGCGGACUUGUCCGAUGAAAUGGAAGGAUUAUUCUCCACUGGCUCACAAAUGACCAAGGACAUUUUGUUUGCGCUAUUGGGAAUGUUUGCUGUAUUAAUAAUCAUGGGUAAACUAUGGGAAGUUUACACCAAUUGUAAGCCAACAGUGCGAAAGAAGAGAAAAGGACUGAUUCCCAGCAGCAGGAAGAUGUCCAUGAUGCAAAACUUCCUGGAUUUGGAGGAACGACUAAAAGACAUAACGUCUGAUCUGCAAAAGCUAAAAGAAGAAUUUGAAGGUGCCGCGAACGGUUUGUCUCCUGAAGGCAGUCUUGAAUACUCAAAACCCAAAGAACGCUCAUUUUUUAAUAAUAUGCUCGAUCUGAAUGGGAAGAGUAAAAAUACUGAAACAAUACUAUAAUACAGGAACAUUUUUUCCACAAGGAAACUUCGAUAGAAUUUUGCUCAUGUUAGAUUUCGAUGGCCAGUACCCAAUAUUUAGCCUGAGUAAAGGAAAAAAAAGAGGAUGAAAGUGUCACACUGAAUAGGACAACAAUACGAGUAGUAUGCAACAACCUUCCUGUUAAUUGCGAACUGUAUUGCAUUCUUUUUCUUUCCUUGUCUCAACUUUCCUUUCAGUUUCCGUACUUUUAAUUUUUAGGCGAACAAACUAUUUUUCCAAACCAACGUUUCAUGUACAAAGAAAUGAAGCAAGCGAACCAAGAAAGUUUAUUAACUUUUCGCUCAUUCCGUUGCAAAGUUGAUAGAGCUCGCAUUGUUAAUUGUAAACUCUACCACGUCCAUUCAGGAGGAUAACUUAAGGGUGUAUUUGUUCACACUCUAUGGAAGUAAAUUUUCCCAAUUACUGCAAAUAGCGAGCUUUUGAGAAUGAGUGGUGCAAACUUGGAAGUGUAAAUUAAUAGUUCAUUCCUUUUUUAAUUAUUUAAGGAAGAACUUAUCAUAAGAACUAUAGUACAACAAGGAUUGUUUUUCUUGAUCCCUCUUCUCUUCAUCUAGUAAAUUUAAGUUUAACUUCUGGCUCGACACUUUCUCAAUUUCUUUUGCAAAAAGCAUGCGAUCGAGCAACAUUUCGGGAGAUUUUCAGAAUUGCUGACUUUGGCAUUAUCUAGGUAAAAAGUAAAGUCUGUUUGCGAGCCUAGUGGCCCAUUAGGCCAGUGCUUAACUCCGGUUUCUGUAGCGCGAGG